UGUCAUGGAAGCUCCACCUCCAGGACUGCCCAGUCGGUAAGUGAACUAGAGCGGAUCAAAACUUGUCGUCAACACGGCACGCGUAAUAUCGCCGCUCGGAGAAGUGGGACACUUCUGUAUUUUUCUUUCUUUUUACAGCCACGUAUCUUGUUCACACCAUAAAAUUGUCUCAGGGUAAGAGAUAAAGAGAAAGAAAGAUGCCGCUUCUUCACAAAAAGCCCUUCGUGAGGCAGAAGCCGCCCGCUGAUCUCAGACCAGAUGAAGAAGUAUUCCUCUGUAAAGUCACGCAUGAAAUCUUCAGGACCUAUGAUGAAUUCUUCGAGAGGACCAUUCUGUGUAACAGCCUGGUGUGGAGUUGUGCGGUGACAGGGAAGCCUGGCCUAACCUACCAGGAGGCUUUGGAUAGUGAGAGGAAGGCCAGACAGAAUCUUCAAAACUUUCCCGCCGAACUCAUGGUCCCCCUCCUGCACCUUACUGCACUUACACACCGCGUACGACUGCACGAGAUAUGUGAUGAUGUGUACACCUACGUCAAAGAGCGCUUCUUUCCCGGAGAGAUGGUAGAUGUUGUCAGUCGUUCUGGUGCCAGACAACACUGUAAGAUAUUGGAGGUCAUACCACCCCAUUCCAAUGGCACAGUCAAUGGGCACGUCAAACAUCAUAUAGAGGGCGACUCGAUCGUCAUCAGUGACAGCGAUGAAGAGACCAAAGUCACUUCUCCCAAGACACCAAAUGGCAGGAAGAAAGCCAUGAGUCCAUCUUUGUUUAAAUACAAAGUUCAGCCUGUCAACCCUGAGGGUUGUGAGCCUUUAGUAGUGAAACAUGCUCUGAUUUGUCGUAAGAAAAACGUUUUUAGUCGAGACAGACUGAGGCUGCUUCUUAAACAUCACUGUGAACCGAUAAACGGGACCAUCAGACUCAAGCCAUCAACAGUUGCAAAAUAUAAGUUAUCCGAACAGAAUCUCUCGCACUUCUUUCCCGACGAGCCCCCAGUGUUUGCCUUCAGUCCACCAGGAAAGGGCAGAGGUCGUCGUCCAAAUGAUGCCUCUCCAACUGAGAUGAAUUAUGUCGAGGAGAAAUUAAAACAGAUGCAGCAGAAAGAACCGAUGAUGUCAAUGGAAAAAUUCAAGAGAGAAAGAGAAGAUCUAAUGGAGGCUAAAAGGAGAGAGAAAGAGGACAAGGAGAAGAGGAAAGAGGAAAUGAAGAGGAUCGUAGAAGAGGAGAAACAGAGAAGAAAAGAGGAGAAAGAACGAAUGAAGGUGGAGAAAGAGAGGGAACGAGAGAAGCUAAAGGAGGAAAAGAAAAAAUAUGCAGAGCGACUGAAAUUAUGGAGUAAACCUCGAGAGGACAUGGAGUGUGAUGACCUAAAGGAGCUCCCAAAUCCAUUGCCAGUUAAGACACGUCUUCCUGCGGACCUGUUUGGAGAUGCUCUGAUGGUGCUAGAGUUUCUGCAUGCAUUUGGAGAGCUGUUUGACCUGAAGGAUGAGUUUCCUGAUGGCAUAACACUUGAGGUUCUGGAGGAGGCAGUGGUCGGCUGUAAUCCUGAGGGGCCUCUCUGUGAGCUGCUUUUCUUCUUCCUGUCAGCCAUAUUCCAGGCUCUGGCGGAGGAGCAGGAGGAAGUAGCCAAGGACCAGAUUGCAGAAGCGGACACCAAAGAUCUUAGUGAGGCUCUGGAGGAUGACGCUGACCCCACUCAGUCUGCCAUCAGCGCUGUGGCGUCUCUGGCUGCUGCCUGGCCACAGCUCUACCAAGGUUGUAGCCUAAAGCAAUUGGAUCUGGACAGUUGUACCCUCUCUGAGAUUCUGCGGUUGCACAUCCUGGCUUCGGGGGCAGACUGCAGCUCCACUAGUGCUAAGUUUCGCUACCAGAAGCAGGGUGGGUUCAGUUCCACAGAUGACCCCUGUGUGGAGCUGCGUCUGUCAAACCAGUGCCUGCUCAAAAAACUCUCCAACACUGCAGUCUAUGACCUGCUUCCAGGAGAGAAGCUGAAGAUCCUUCAUGCUCUGUGUGGGAAGCUGCUGACUCUGGUUUCCACGCGGGACUUCAUUGAAGACAACGCAGACGAUCAAAGAGCUGCCAAACAGGAACUACGAGAGCUUAAAGCCGAGCAGCAUCGCAGAGUGAGAGAGGAAGCUGCCGAAAGGGUUCGGAAAAGAAAAGAGGAGAAGCUGAGGGAACAAGAGCAGAAGUUGAAAGAGAUGCAUGAAAAACUCAAAGAGGAAGCAAAGAAUGAAGGCCAUGUGGCAGGAGAGGAGAUGGACACCAGCACAGAGAGUCAGGAGGCUCGCACUGAACAACACACGGAUGAUGAGGAGGAACAACCAGUCAAAUCUAAAACAGAAAAGAAAACCAACAACUCCCCAAAAGAGAAGCAGUCUGGUGAGGUUGAAGCGAAGGACAGUCUGACCCCAGAGGAGUUACAGCAACAGCAGCUCAAAGAGAAAGAGCUUCUGAAACGCAUUCAUGAAGCUAUGGCCUGCACCUACAUCCUGCCACUCGGCCGAGACCGCCUGUAUCGCCGCCACUGGCUCUUUCCUUCUGCCGGAGCACUCUUCGUCGAGGAUGACUUCUUUGGUUUGACAGAGGAUAUGCUGGAGCCACGUCCGACUCCUGAACCCAAAAUGGAGGAGGCUCUUUCUGUUGAGAGCCCAGUUAAGACCGCUGAGGACUCAAUACCGGUCCACAACACCUCCCCUCCGGUCAACCGGCCCAAUCAGUGGUUUUUCUACAGCACGGCUGAGGAGGUGGAGCAGCUCAUAGAAGCUCUGAACUCUCGGGGACACAGAGAGAGCACCCUCAAAGAAGCCCUUCUGCAGGAGAAAGAACGCAUCGUUCAGCUUCUGGAUGAGAAAGCUGUUCAGCAUUAUUAUCACUCGGAUCAACCUUUGCCAGAGACCAAAAGCAGUAAUAUCAAAUCAAAGGCUGGCUCACCUUCCUCAGACAGCACUGUACCUGCUGAGCGCUUCAUGGAGAAUCGCCUCAAAGAUCUGCUACUGGAUAUUGAAGACCGCAUCUAUCAGGGAACUUUGGGAACAAUUAAAGUGGCUGACAGAAGUUCAUGGAGGGCAGCACUUGAAAAUGGGAACUAUGAUCUACUGAGCCCUGAAUCCAAAGAGAACCAGACAAUAAAUGGAGAAGAGGAGCCGAUGGAGAUUGAUGAGAACAACUCCAGAGUCAAAGACAGGCUGCAAGAAUUAAAGGCAGAAAGUCAGAGUGUCACGUCCACUAGUGUAAGCACACCUCAGCCCGUCAACAAUACCGUCCGCUUCCUGGCACAAGCCCUGGCUCAGAUAGAGCAGGGUAUAGAGCGCAAGUUUCUCAAAGCUCCACUCGGUGAUGAAGAUUCCAAAAAGGAUCAAAAGGUGAAGAAAAAAGACAAAAAGAAAGAUGACGACCAGUCUAGUGAGAAAGACGAUGGCAGCGAGAGUGGGCGGCAGGUGAAAACCGUGCAGGAGCGCUGGCGCGAGUCUCUGCUGGCCUGCUCCAGUCUGUCACAGGUUUUUCUGCAUCUCUCCACUCUGGAGCGCAGCGUCGUUUGGGCCAAAUCUAUACUUAAUGCCCGCUGCAAGGUGUGUCGAAGGAAAGGAGAUGCUGAGAACAUGCUCUUAUGUGAUGCCUGUGACAGAGGCCAUCACAUUUUCUGUGUUCGCCCAAAACUGAAGGCUGUUCCUACUGAAGACUGGUUCUGCCCAGAAUGCCGUCCCAAACAGCGCUCUCACAGAAUCAACUCCCGCCAGCGUUCCUCCAUCGACUCGGAAGAAGAAAUGGAGGAACAGGAGGAGUCUGAGGAAGAGGACGAGUCUGAUGAGGAAGAAGAGGAGGACUCUGAGGAUGAACAGUCAGAAGAGGAGGAGAAAGAAAGGUUCAAAGAUGUUUCUAAGAAGGUUGCCGUCAAACUUCCUCUCCAGAGCACUAAAGAAGGUCGUUCAAAUAGCAAAUCAAAGCAAGCUGAAUCAGGUCAUUCCACACCUCGCUCUCAGCAGAGCACACCCAAACAAAGCCAGUCUGCUAAUAAAGGAGGCUCUAAAAACUCAGGGAAGAAAGCCACCCCGGUGUCUAACGGCAAACCCCCGGCACGGGCAGGCAGCCGUUCCAGUGCUCGUCUUAGUCUUGAAGUGCUCAAUAAUCGAACAAAACCCAAAUCUAGCAGCCAGUCAAGCCCUGCUGCACAGAAUACAGAGUCCAGAAAGAGAUCCAUUACUGCAGAGGUCUCCCCAAAAGCCAAGAUCGUCUUGGCUCCAACCACUACAUCAUCCAACCGUCGAAGCUCAGGAAGAAACUCGGGUGUCCACGAGCUGUCGGCCUGUGAGUUGCUCACUGUGGAUUUGGUCAGACAUGAGGACAGCUGGCCCUUCAAAAAACUGGUCUCCAGAACUCAGGUGCCUGAUUACUAUGACAUCAUCAAGAAGCCCAUAGCCUUGAGUACAAUCAGGGAAAAAGUCAACAACUGUGAAUUCCAAAGUGCUGCGGAAUUUAUCGCAGAUGUGGAGCUGAUGUUUUCCAACUGUUUGGAGUACAAUCCACGUAGCACCAAUGAGGCAAAAGCUGGUCUUCGGCUCCAGAGCUUCUUCCACUCCGAGCUUCAGAGGCUCGGUUUGGCGGAUCGCGUGACCCCUCCACAGAAGCGGGCACGGAUGUAAACAAAACUUCCACACAAGCCCACCACCUGGCUGAGACUGAAGGCCAAUUCAUAAUCCGAUGUCUAAUUAUGUUGUUCCAUGGCAUUUGCGGAAUGUUCAUGGGCAUUCCAGUGUGGUGUGAGACAAUAAAAAUUGCUACCUACCCCUUGUUCGCAGGAAAAUGAACUUUUAAAGUGCAGAGCUCAAACGAAAUGUCACUCUCACGGAUAUCAAGUGGCAUUUAUUCUUCAGGCAGCCAUGAGAGUUUAAAUCCGCUGUUAUGAAGUCACAUGUCAAUCCCUUACUAGUAGAAAUCAUAAUGUUUUCUUUCUAGGGUGCUGAUGGAUAAAGUUGUGCUGUGAAAAAGUAUUUGCACUGUGUUUUCUGUUAAGUCCUUUUUCAUUCAAAGUUAACUCGGGACUAAAAGCAUUGUGUGUUUUUGUCUGUAAUCUCAAAAAGGUGCAUUUGUAUUUUGUACCUGUGUUUCUAGACUACUGUUUUGUAUAGAUUUUUACAGACUUGAGUCUCUGUUAUAACGAUAAAUCAAGUCUUGCAGCUCAAAGGAACAAAUAGAACUUCUGUUUCGUAGUUGUGAAUAUUUGUAAAGAGAAACACGUUGUUUUUCAGUCAGGUCCCUAUAGCUUGCUUAAACACUACAUAGGAACCAAAAGCAUCCUCUAUUUUGUUAUAUUUCCUUUUCACUUACUGGUUAUUUAUUUAGAUUUGGGUCUAAUUUGCUUGCUUUAUUUAUAAGAUUGUUUUAUAGAUCGUUUGUCUUUUGUAAGAGCAACCAGCUUUGGUUUCAAAAAGCCAAAAGCUGGAUUCAGUAUGUUGGUUUUCCCCCCUUUCAGGUCUUGAGAUCCAUUUUACCUGCUGUGUAAAUUUAUUUCUGUAUUUACAAUAAAUUUUGUUUAUAUUUGG